UCUACAACCACCUGCUCCCCAGCCACGUGUGUUGAGUUUGAACAACACAGCACGCACAGCGCACAGAGCACACAGAGCACCGCGCACAUCGCAUCGCACCAGCGCAAGCCAAGAUGGAGGCUGUUGACAAGCUUGACGAAGCACUGCAACGGGUGGACCCGAUUGUGCGAGAACUCACAGCUGCAGAUCCUGCAGAGCUGAGAUCAAGGCUCACCGCUGUGGAGUCUGCCAAGAUGGAUCUCAUGACAGCAUACACAAUGAACUCCCUCUUCUGGAUGUUCUUGAGUUCGCGAGGCAUCGACCCAAAGACACACCCCGUUCGCAAGGAGCUUGAUCGUAUCAAGGAGUACAUGGCUCGCGUACAAAAGGCCGAGAACCCAGACGCCCGCGACGAGGCCCAACCAUCUGUGAACAAGGCGGCUGCCAAGCGGUUUGUCAAGGCCGCGCUGAGCAACGCCGGCGACAACACCGGGCAGGAAGAGCAGACGGCGAAGAAAGCAAAACACAGCAAACAAGCUGGAACACCAAAGUCAGCGUCGAAGAAGAAGAAAAAGAAGAAGAGCAAGAAGAGCGACUAAUGUCUGCGCAGUUGUUAACCUGCGUGCACGUGUCUGUCUGUCUGUUUGUUUUGUGUGUCUGUCUGUGUGUCUGCAUGCGUGUGCACAUGUACGCACGUGUGUGUGUGGCCUUGGUGUUUGUGUGCGUGCGUGUCCGUGCAUGUGUGCGUCGUUCGUUGUACCUGUGAAUGUGUCUUGCAUUCUGUGUGGUGGGCUGUUCCCACCUCGUUGCGAUACCAGCUCCACUGUGUGUCUGUUUAUCGGUGUUGCUUGCAUUGUUGAUGUGAAGAAGAAUAUCGUGCCCAACAACGCACUGCUAGUACAAUUUGAACAUAAACAGCCACGUCUCUCAUA